AUGCCGUGCCUCGAAGUAUGUGGGCACUCAAUCCACUAUGCUGAUUCCCAUCCCAACGGAGCUCCCAAAGACGGUGCGACCAUUGUCUUCAUACACGGCCUUGGCUCCUCCCAAAAUUACUACUUUCCUAUUCUCCACCAUCUGACUCCUAAGCACCGCUGCAUCACUCUCGACACGUAUGGUUCUGCCCGCUCCCCGUACACCAGCCAGGCCAUCACCAUUUCUACCAUUGCCUCGGAUGUCAUUGCGGUGCUGGAUGCUCUACACAUCCCCAAGGCCGUCGUCGUCGGCCACUCGAUGGGCGGACUGGUCGUGACGCUCUUGGGUGCGCAGUGCAGCGAUCGUAUCAGGGCUGUAGUAGCCGUGGGUCCCACCCAUCCCUCGGAGACCCUAGCAUCCACGAUGCACCGGAGGAGCGAUACCGUGCUCAAGGCCGGCAUGGAAGCGAUGGCCGACACCGUCCCCAACGCCGCUACAGGCUCGCAAGCCUCCCCGCUCGCCAAAGCAUUCAUUCGCGAGCUCCUCUUAGGCCAGAACCCAAAGGGCUACGCCACGCUAUGCCAGGCUAUUGCCAAGGCCCCGCGAUCGACUACUCGUGAGGAUAAGUCCGCGUCGUUGGAAGGGUGCAAAUAUAUCUUUGAUCGGGUGUCGAGUGAGACGAAGAAGAUGGAGGUAUUGCCCAAAGUCGGCCAUUGGCACUGCAUCGAGGCACCGGAGCUGGUGGGUGGGAUGAUUGCGGGGUUUAUUGAGAGAGUGUGA